AUGGCAAGAACCCAGGUCGCCGUGCUGUGCAUACUGCUGGCCGCUCAGCUGCAGCUGGUGACGCCACGGGGGCUGCUUCUGCGAUCGCGGCUUCACGGCCGCAUCAUCGGCGGCACCGAAGCCAGCAUUGCGGACUACCCGUGGCAGCUGGCCCUGAAGUAUGCCGGAUACCAGCAGUGCGGCGCCUCCAUAAUCGGAACCGAGUGGGCCCUCACGGCGGCCCAUUGCGUCAGCUAUUACAGAGCGCCGUACCAGUCGCUGUAUAGCGUGCGCGCCGGGUCCUCCGACCGCAGCAGUGGGGGCGUCGUGCUGGACGUGGCCGAGGUCCACGAACACGAACAGCACGACAGCAUUUCUGGCGACUACGACAUCGCCGUCCUUCGCAUUGACGGUUCAUUCCCGCUGGGCACCAACGUGGCAAUCGUGAACCUCCCAGAGGCCGGCUACGACCCGCCAGCCGGCCUCGCUGUCACGGCGACCGGCUGGGGAGACACGGAGGACGAGUACCUGCCCAGCAUCCUGAAGAAAGUGGACAUCGCCAUUAGGGACCGAUCCGAGUGUAACUUCCCUAACACAGGGCGCGAGGUGACCCCCCGUAUGAUAUGCGCCGGAGAAACGGGCAAGAGCGUGUGCCACGGAGAUUCGGGCGGUCCUCUAGUGAGCGGCACUACGCAGAUGGGCAUCGUGUCUUGGAGCAGUGGCUACUGCCUCCUUGGGGGCGCCGUCUACGUCAACGUGGGCAACUUACGCUCCUGGAUUACUGAAGUCACCGCCAUUUGA